AUCAAUAGCACCAACCAACAAUACAAACAUUGCAACUGUUAUAAUUGAAAUAAUGUCGGAUGGUACAUUUUUAUUAUGCGUUUCUGGACAAUUAGAAUGGAUAGAUAUAUUUGCAACUGCAGGCACUUCUUGGCACUGCAAAUAUGAAUUCUUUUUCGGGGCUGAUUGGAAAGUCAUUGGCGGAUUAGAAGCAGGGAUGUCACAAGUUGCUAAUGUUGUGGAUAAUGGUGACAAAGUUGUGUUGAAUCUUCCAAUUGAAAUACAGUUCAAAUCGACGAAUCCUUAUGGGUGGCCACAAAUAAUUUUGAGCGUUUACAAAGGAAUGCAACUAGCAGGAUAUGGAAGAUCUCAUAUGCCAUUAAAACCAGGUUCUCAUACAGUGAAUGCCCAUUUAGCCAAACCACAAGCUUCUUCUAUGCUUGGCCAUAUAGCAUCAUUCUUUGGAUAUCAACCAGAGCUUUUGCAACCUAAGAUGCUGGCAACAACUGCAGGAAAUAAUUUAAUCCAAAUGGAAGAAGCUGGUCAUGCACAAAUGACAGUAAAUGUAGUUACCCAGGGUUUCCAAGGAUUAGGCUAUGAUAUCGGUACUUCGAAGUAUAGGAACUAGUAAUAUAAAUAAAGCUUACAACAUUUUUGUGAA